GUUCCGCGCGUCGCAGUAGUCGUCUGUGUGGCUUAUGAUAUUGUGCUCUGUGCCGGCGCAUACGCAGCGAGUACACAGUUCCAUGACUCUAGUUAUGUCAGGUGACCGUGCCCUCAGGUUUAUGUGGCAAAGGAUUAAGGUCUUCGCGCAUCCCUCAAUACAAUAAGCAGAAUGGCAGUGAGAAGAAAACACCGUGGCACAUUCAAGAUGGAGCCCGUACCGGAGAAGGGAAUCUUCAAUAGCAACUACAUAGGGACCAGCGAACUGCAGGGAGAUAUUAUCACCCCAGGGGUACAUGGCGUUUUCAGACAGAAAUCAUUUGGAGCAUGCGACCGUCAACUUACGACUUUAUCAUCAUACGCACGAGCUGCGCGUUUGUCGAUCGGAACAGCGGCAGUAGGAUUCGGAAAUCUAUUUAGUAAUCGUAACAAAAUGGCGUCGGUUGCGAAUGCUACAUGCCCGUGGCCCAAUACUGAGGAUGAUUACGAAUUACGGGAUAUUAUCGGUGUUGGUGCAACAGCGGUUGUGUAUGGUGCUUAUUGCAAACCCAGAGGUGAAAAAUGUGCCAUCAAAAGGAUAAAUUUAGAGAAAUGGAAUACAUCCAUGGAUGAACUUUUAAAAGAAAUUCAGGCUAUGUCUAGUUGCAAUCAUGAGAAUGUAGUAACCUAUUACACCAGUUUUGUGGUAAAUGAUGAAUUAUGGCUUGUACUGAGGUUACUGGAAGGCGGUAGUCUGCUAGAUGUUAUAAAACAUAAAAUGAAGGUUACGAAUUGCAAACAUGGAGUUUUUGAUGAAGCAACUAUUGCAACAGUCCUCAAAGAAGUUCUGAAAGGCCUUGAAUACUUCCAUAGUAAUGGACAAAUACACAGGGAUAUCAAAGCAGGCAAUAUACUACUAGGUGAAGAUGGUACAGUACAGAUUGCAGAUUUUGGCGUAUCUGCUUGGUUAGCAACUGGCCGAGAUAUUUCUAGGCAAAAAGUUAGGCACACAUUUGUCGGAACACCAUGCUGGAUGGCUCCCGAGGUCAUGGAACAAGACCACGGCUACGACUUCAAAGCUGAUAUAUGGUCGUUUGGAAUAACAGCUAUAGAAAUGGCAACCGGAACAGCGCCAUACCAUAAAUACCCACCGAUGAAGGUAUUGAUGCUCACCUUGCAAAACGACCCUCCUAAUUUAGAAACUGGUGCGGAUGAGAAAGAACAAUAUAAAGCAUACGGAAAAACGUUUAGGAAAAUGAUUGUGGAUUGUUUACAGAAAGAUCCAUCCAAAAGGCCGACAGCAACGGAAUUACUAAAACACCCAUUCUUCAAAAAGGCAAAGGAUAGGAAGUACCUUACACAGACUUUGGUAGCCAUCGGGCCGAGUAUGGAAACCCGAGUGCAUAAGGCAAGUAAAAGGCAACCGGGUGCCUCCGGUCGUCUACACAGGACAUUGACAGGUGGUUGGGUUUGGAGCGAGGAAGAAGACGAAGACGGUGACGCUCAGGAUUCCGAUGACGAAUCUUCUACGGGAGAGGACAAGAGGCCAAUGAAUGAGCUUCAACUAGCCGAGUCUAGCGGGAGUGAAGACGAAGAGGAAACUGAACCAAAAGAAACAAAGAAACCUUUACAAGAAUCUAGAAUGGAUGAUAAAGGCGAACCACAUGUUAUUAAUUUAGUAUUAAGGUUGAGAAACGCACGCCGCGAGUUGAACGACAUUCGUUUCGAGUUCAUAACGGGCAAAGACUCGGCGCAAGGCAUUGCGGGUGAAUUGGUCGGUGCCGGCCUGGUAGACCCCCACGAUGCUGUGCCCAUAGCGCUGCAUCUGGAGAAACUGCUGGAUGGACAGAAUAUACCGACGCCCAGCAAGGCCAUCACAUUCCACUUGAAUUCCACUGGUCCCAACGAGGAAUUCGACGAUAAAGCGCUAAUAGGUUUCGCGCAGAUAUCUAUCGUAGAUUAAUUUAAGAUUCCAACCUGACGGAGCGUGUAUUUAUUUACGUGAACAUUUAAAACCAACUGAGUGCAAUAAUUAUAGUUUGUUUUUAUUAUGUAUAUUACGCGUAAUAACUGAUGACUCUGUUGAAAUGCCAUCUAUGAUCAAAACUACCUUAAUAUAGAAAUAGUUAUCAUGAAACGUUGAUUGAAGUUAAAUCCAAGCUAAAAUUAAACUGCUGCCCCCUUUUAAUAAACGAAGACUACGCUUGGAUUAGUUACUCCAUGUUUUGUCCUUGUCUAUCGUAUGACAAAUGGCAUUUGAGUGAUAUGAACAAAACACCGCGUUACUAGUCUAAGGUUAUACCUAGUUUAUUUAUAAAGAGGCUAAAGAAUAGAUAUAAGCAGCAUAUAAGAUUUAAGUCAAGUCUAACUUUAAUCCACGUUUUGUCAUAAAGGGCAAAAAGAUGGUUAUAAACAUUAUGAAAGCAUUUUACUGGUUUGACUAUUAAAACUCACGAUUCGUCCUAGCGUAAAAAUUGCAAAAGAAACAAUUGUAAAUAACUAGAAACGAGGAAAAUAAGCAUCUGAUUUACACUGAUUAAUUUGAUCACUAAAUUGAGUAUAAUCAUUGAAAAAAAAAUGUAAUGGUCACUCCCUUGAUUACGGAAUAUGUUGGUACACAUGAAGGUUAGUAUAGUUUCAGAUAAUAACUCGUAUCAGAGUAAUACGGUUGACAUUAAUCUACUUUAUACUCUAGUCUGAAAUGGAAUCUCUUUAAACAAUAAUGUCGCACAGGGUAAUAGUUUACCUUUAGCGAGUGUUCAAUGACAAUAACUGUGAUUAAUAUUGUAUGGAUUUUAAUUUUAGUGGGUUUUAUAUGUGUUUUGUGACCUAAAAUUAACUGCUACUUAUGAAUUAUACGAAUCGUGAGUUACAUACUAUAUUUUUCUUGAUUUUAUUGUACUUUCAAAUGUAUUAAUUUCUGUUAAUUACCUAAAAAGGUAUAUUAUUUAGGUAGGUAGCAUCUGCCUACAAUAGUUUUGUGUUAUUUAGUAGAAUCGCUUCGAUGUUACACGCUCCUAGAAGUUGCUAAUUAUAAGACCGAGAAUGAUCUUGAAAAUAAGAUUUAUUCUAUUUUAUCCAAUUAUCCUAGUUGUCUACGUAUUUUUAGUACAAGAUACGGCUGUUGGUUUCUGCAAAGAUAUCAUGAAAAAGUGGUGCAUUACAGUCUUGCCUGUUAAAGGCCUAUUCUUUGUUUUUAUUGAUUCAUUGAAAUAAGUUGUUAUAAAAGCUUAAUAAAAGAAAUUUCACACACAAUAAGAUAGCUAUAUCACUUCUAUGGUAUCGCAGAUUAACCGCGGGCCAUUAAAUAAAUAUACAAAGUUAGUACAAAUUUUAUAAACUAUAUAUUAUAGUCAAAAAUAAACAAUUAUAGUUACUUCUCCGAAUGUCGAGUUUAUCCUGUAUGUUGGUUGAAAGCCUUUCGGCAAAUUCUAAAAUAUUUUUUAGGCAAACCUAGGAGUACCUUUCUUUUUUAGUCAAUUGCAGCAUAAUCUGUGUCUGCCUUUGCUUAGUCCAGGAUAGAACCUACUAAGAGCUAAUUCUGCAAAUGUUGAUUGUGCUGAACUUGAUACAUGUUACAACAGCGUUAUACAGUCUCAUCACAAAAUAAAAUAGGUGUGGUUCGAUCUUGUGACCAUGUUUUUUAAGUUUUAGGAGUUAGUUAAAAGCCGAAACACGCCAUGGAACUUUGACUAACAGAGGCGGUAUUAUCAACUCUUAACACCAAACAAGUUCCUUUGUUAGAACGAGACAUCACAUACACACAGUAGAGCAACAUCCCACUUUAACCGCUGUUUUUGUCUGACUUUAAGCGUUUUUAAUACGGCCCCUGUUAUUCAAACAGACCUGUCCCCGUAGCAUGAGCACCUCAAUUUACGUUAUAUCACGUUUUUUAUCGCGUCUAACUGUCAAACUCCAUAGUUGUUUGACAAUUGAGCGUAAUAAAAACGCGUUAUAUGCCAUAUCGCGGUACUCAUGCUAGGGGGGCUGGUGUUUAUCUAGCCAUACUUAGAAGCACCGGUCUUCGAAGUUUGACUGCUUAUUAAAAAUAUUACCCCACAUCACUUAGCUAGAAUUAACAACAUAGGAUUCGUGAAGUCAAAUUGAAAACUACCGAAGUAUUAUAAUUGAUAUUGGCCAAUAAUAUUACGCUAGUCAUUUGAUGGAUCGUUGUCUCUUAUGACAAUUCAUAUUAGGUAUUAAAAAAUAUACUUAGUAAAAUGUAAUAGGAUAUUUUAUUGUAUUUUUGAUUUAAAUUGAUUGUGAAUAUAGCGAUGUCUUGAAUAAUUAUUAAAAUAGUUGAUUUUUGUUAAUCAAAUUCAAAAUGGAAGAAAUAUGUUCGUCGUACAGAAUAUUUUGAAAUUCUGGUGGGCAUUACUGUUGGCUUAGGAAAAUGUUGUUAUGUUUGCUUCAGAAGAAAAUUAAAAGAUUUAUCUAGAACGUACGCGUUUAUAUAAGCUUUAUGUAGUAUAUAAAAAUGAUUUAGAAUUCGUUAUCAUUGAGUUGUCAGCUUCGCUAAAAUUUUUGCAUCCAGAUGUUAAUCAGGAAGUGCUUGAAAGUUAGGUUUCGGAAUUCUGCCCGGAACGAGAGCCAGGCAAAAAAGCAAGUAACUGACUUCAUAUAAUCGUGAUAAAAUAUAAUCUAAACUAAAAGAAAUAUCACGUGCUUUAGAUCAAAUUCGAACAAAACAUUUUAUAUAAAAUCUUAGUAGUUUCGUACUAGCGGAAAAGCUGUUUUCGCUGCUGAUAAGGUUGAUGAGUGAUGAGUAACUAUGUAAAUAUAGGCUUAUCCCAUAAAGGGAAUACCCAACUUACCCGUUUCGAUUUGAGUGACUGCAAUUGCAGUCGAUUGUCCUUAGCGGAUUUUGCUUAAUUUCUGCGCUCGAAUGUUGCAAGGACCGCGUCAUUGAACAGGCGAAAUAAAGAUCUAAUAUUAUCCAUAUUGACAAUUUCAUCACAGCUUACGAGCACAUUUACGCGUGUUAGAAUAACAAAAAUGUGUGCAUGAUUUUUAUUUUUUUUUUAUUUUAAUAUUUUUAGUACCAUAACUCGUAAGAUGUAAUUGAUUUAUUUUUAGUUAAUUUUAUUAUAGGUAUAUCGACAGUGAAAUACAGACAGACGACAGGCAAAAUCGCUUAUAGGCCACUUUCGUCGAAAAUGAGUUAUAUAUGUAAUUGUAAUCAAUUUGUUUUCUGCGUCGAUUUGUUUUUGUAUUUUAAAGAUAUGAUGAGCGCUUCGUCGGCGCUUAAGUUCAUAACGCUGAAGUGACCUGAAUUUUGGUGUGUUUUGAAUUAAUAUUGCUUACUCAUCCUACUAUUUGGCGUCUGAUUCGAUGUUUGCUUGACUAGAAAUGUAUGGAGCAGAGUGAUUUUUGCUUAAGCGACAUUAAAUUCUUAAAGGCCACUAACUAUGUAACUUUUGAAUAAAAGGAUAUUUGAACAUAUUUUUUAAAUAUCCUUUUAUUUUUUUGAAUAUAUGUAUUUAUAUUUUCAUGGCGGUACUUCUCAUUUACAAUGAGUUAUGAUUUAUUAUGCCAAAAAAAUCCUCCUUUCUGUAACGUUACGAAAGUGGCGUUAAGCGAUUUUGUUUUUUCACUCUCCAUUAUUAGUUACUAAUAAAAGACCAUAUUUGGCUAUAAGCAGUAAGUAAUGCAUCACAUUUUCAUUAAUAAAGCUUAUCAAAUAUGUUUUUAUGGAAACCAGCGUCCAAAUCUUAGACUAUCGUAUUUAUUUGUGGUGCUAGAGGGUGUGAAGGCACGGCCUUUCUGUCUCCGUAUAUAAUACGGGCGUUUAGAUAUUAUUGUAGUUUCCAGCACCCAGUAGAGUUUUUGCUCGUAUCUAUUCGACAGGCCAUUUAACUUUUAGCUCGCCAAAGAAGUUAUAUUUAAAUAUAUACAUAGUGGCAUUUAGAUUUGGGAGAUAAUGUAUUGUAAAACGUAGGACGUAAAGCGUUUGUAAAGGUGUAGCGUAAAUUUUAAAACGAGCGUUAAUUUUUGAGUUGUGCAUUCGAAUUCAUAUAAAAGUAAGUCUCAUUUUGCGUCGCGGUGUGAAUCAAACAAGACUUUUCUAUAAAACUGAAUGUAGCUGAAAUUACGCGAUUAAAUUACGUGACUCCAACUAAAAAAAUACGCUCGUUUGGCUGCACCCUAACGGUGGUAUAAGGAUUGCGAAUAUUAUUAACAGAAAGGUAAAGGUUAAAUAAGAUGAUGAAGGAAAACCUAUGGACCAUGUAAGUGUAUAUCGACAUCUCCACGUCACGACGUCGUCAACGUAGAACGGUGCGGUGACGUAACGUGCAAAUUAACGUAACCGUAGGUAUCGUUAAAAUUAACGUCACGAUUCAGCAAUGAUACACGUCGCCAUGCUUUAAAAAUUAUAUGCUUCACUAACAUACAACAAAAAUAGUAGUCAUCACUUUACGUUCUUCAACAAUUAAAAUCAAUAAAUCACAAGCAAUAUUCUCCGAAACUCCGACAAAUUUUAUUCACAACUUAUCGCUAAGACAAGUUUAACUGAGCGAGUGGAUCGUAAUUACGGCUGCAUAUGACGAUCUUAGGCGCGCCGACCGCACGCGCACGACCCCGUCCUCUAAUCGUAGGUCCCUCCGAUUCCGUCAGCCUAGGCACGUCUUAGGCCCGUAUUAUAGAAAGAUUCUCAGUGAUUGAUCUAGUCUUGAGCAUAGUUAGAAAGGAAUGUCGCUAUAUAUAGCACAUAGCGACAUCCCUUUCUAAAUGUACUCGAGUAAAGAUCAAUACUUAGUUAUCAUACUGUAAUACGGGCCUUAGAGUACCCUGACGACAAAAUUACCCUAUAGUAGGAGAGCUACUGAACCCUCCGAGUAACGGUCUGUCUGUAAGGCUAGAAAUUCUUAUGGUGAUGAGCCAUAGCAUGCUUAGUACGGUAAGCAUCGUCUGGCACUCCUCAGCCCUGCACGUCAUCAAGCCGUAUAUUUUAGAGUGUCAAAAAAAUAUUAAAAAAAAACUUACCGUUCGGUCGUCGUUGCGGCGCGGCGGCGCAUUAACGACUGGGUGCCCGCCUAGAGCACAUCGAACUCGAGUGGCGUAGGUAUGACUCGCUUUCCGACCGUUUGUAUGAAGAUAGAAUACUGUAUGAUAUUAUUACCGUGCCUGGGCGUUUUUCACCGCCCCCGACGACGGCUAACUAGAGCCGAGGUCCGAGUCUCAGAGACGCCCUCUAGUUGAGCCGACCCCCACAGGUUCGAGUGGUCUUGAGGCUCCAGGCGGAGAGGAGACUCCCCCCGUGGGGACAUGCCACCCGCCUGGAAUACCUCUAGAGGCACUCGCUAAUUCUCGGCUUGAGGUCCCCUUAGGAUCUCGCCGUCCCCAAACCCGGUGACGCUGUAAAGGUCAUCUGCUACCAAAGCAUAUACACUUAAAAAAAAGUACUAUGGCGACGUUGCCAUACUGAUCACUAGCACGACGUGGCAACGCAUCGUGACGCGACACCGCGCCGUUCUAUGUUGACAACGCCUUGACGUGGAGAUGUGGCCAAACCUUUUGGCUACAACGACAGACGACAAUGGCUUAGCGGCAUGCGCUUAAGAAUCAGCAGAUAGUGUAAAGUUUUAAUUUAAAUUCCGAAAUGUCAGUCAAUGAUGUGAUGAAUCUCAAGUUAUGUAAAAAAUAUACCUAUUUAUCAUGUAUACCAAAACGUCGUAUAUAUUUGACGACCUCGAGUGGUUUGUAUGCCGGGUUUCAAGGUGCCGCGUCUACUCGAGAGGUCCCGAGUUCGAAUCCUGGUGGGGACAGAUGUUUGUGUGAUGAAUACGAGCAUUUGCACUUUAGUCAUGGAUGUGUAAUAUGUAUUUCUAUAUAUGUAUCAGUAUAUGUAUUCUAUCCGUUACCCUAGUAUCCCGUAACACAAGCCUACAGUGCUUAAUUUGGGGCUAGGUUAAUUGGUGUGGCUGUUGGAAAUAUUUAUUUAUUUAUUAUUUAUUUAUAAUACUAUCGAUGUUGGCUGCUAGCACGUGUCCCAGCACUACAUCGCUCUUUUACCGCGUCGCCUACCUGUUUGCUGUCGUCCAGUUUGCGAACUAAUGUAAACCCAAUUUUCAUUACAUAGUUAAAUUAUGUAUACCUCUCAGUUAAAGUAUUACGUAUCUGAUGGGGACAUUACAAAUCUGCAUUGUUUCUAGUUUAUUAGUCAUUUUUUAAAUACUAGUUUAACAAAUGCAUAAAUUUACUUGUCAUUUCACCUUUACCACACUGGAAACAUCACAUUUUUAUAUAUUUUUUAUAUUAGGUGAAUAAACGCAAUUAUUAUGAUUGAUCUGCUGUACGAGCAAUAUCUUAUUACUUUGUAAUAAAUUAUAUAAUAAUACCAUUGUGGCUUCGAUUUUUCUAUUAUUUGAGGCAAUAAUAUUAUUUUCUGUAAAAUUAAAUUAAUAUGAUCUUACUUAUCUGUUUAAAAUAUUAUUUCACAUGUGAUCUAUUUAUUUAUCAGUCAGAAAAAUGCUGAUAAAUAAAUAGAUACGUAAAAUAUACAAUUCUGACAAAAUGAUCAGAAUUAAAAUGCAUUCAAACGAAUAAUAAUUAAACUACAAUUUUAAAUGUUUUGUCAUAUUUAGUAAUUAACUACUAUCGUAAAUUUAAAAAUUUACUCUGAAUUCAAUUUAUUUAUACAUUCUAAUUUAUCGUAUUUUUUAAUCUUUUUAUUUUAUAUGAAAAUUAUGUUCCUGUAUAUUUUAUUUUUUUAUUAUAUUUUUAUAUCUUUAUUUAUACCAAAAUAUAUACAAAAUGAUUUUAUUCUAUUCUUUAUUUUUAUUGAAAAUCAUAGUCGCUUUAUUUUUUAUCCUCACGCAUUUAGACCGUGUUUAAUGACAAGUGUAUGUCAAAUUAAUCAGAGUCUUCCCUUAAUUUUUAGUGUGUUAGAAUCCAGAAAUAUGUUCAAUCUUAGAUUAAAUCAUCAAUGUUGUACAAUAAGAUUUCCAGUAGCGGUGUUUCCCUCAUUAUGCUUAGUAUUCUAUAGUAUUGUGAUAUUUUCGAACAGUAUAUUAUAUGACAUUACAAGAUCCGAUUACAGGUCCAUUAACAGCCACUAAAUUUAAGGUAUAAAUAAGAACAUAAUCAUAGCUGAAUUAAAUUUUGCUUCAGGCUUUUAAAUUUUGCAGUCUGUCAGUAUUGUAUUAUGUAACAAUGGUUUCAAUUUACAAAGGCAGAUUUUCUUUAUUCCAGUCUUCAGAGGAGUACUUUAAAACAAAUGCUUUAAGUGUUUGUGUAUACUUGCGAAUGAAGUAAAGCGAAUGAACGUAAUAUGGUACUUUCAAAGCUUCGAAAGACUAGAAUAUUGUAAACGUGAAGUGAAUGUUCUAUGAAAAUAUCUGUUUUGAGCCAUGUCAAUUUUUAAUUGAAAAACAUAAUAUGUAUUAUUAUAAACCGUUUUUUUAUGCUUAUGGUAUUGUUUGUUACUGAUAUCUUUAGAAAUAUAGUCGAAACGCUCGCGCGAUCAAACAAAGACACGAAAAAUUCUUAUUUCAAUCAGAUAGAAUGUUAACUACAAUGCAAUGGUAACUUUAUUUGAAGGAAAAUUGGCAUUCAUAUAAAAAUUAAUUAAACAUAUUAUUCUUGUCAUUGUUAAAUUUUUACUCUGGGUCAAAUUAAUUAUGAAAAAUAUUGCGGUGCAUAAAUUAAAUUGAAGUAGCCUCAUGUAGCAUUUUACUGACGUAGUUAAGCAUGUAUUGAAUGAACUUCCAUCCUUUAUCGCCAGGCGAUUAGUAAGUACUUUAUAUCAUUUGUAUAGAUUAUAAUGUUGCUAUAAAGAACGAACGAUUCAAAGAUGUAUUAUUUGCAUAUUUGGGUUAAGUAAUUUUCACAUUUGUGUCAUUAUCACUUUUAGUGAAGCAGGUAAAUGAAAGGUUUCCCAAAAAAAAUUACUUGAUAUUUUUUAACUGAAUUACAUAUUUGUAAUCCUCACCUUGUAAUGCUAUCUCAAAAGGUAGGUAAUUAUUUUUAUUUCAGUAAAACGCAUUUGAAUCAAGUCUUUAUCAUACUGCAUUCAAAAAAGAUUUAUUUUAGUUAAAUAUAAGCAUUUAACUGCUGGAUUUUUAAAUCUACAGAAAAUUUAAAGAUUCAUUCUUGUAAAACCCAUGAACGAAAGUAUAUCUUGUAGUAAUAUUCAUGAUAAAAUAUGUGUACAUUUAAUAAUGAUGAUAAAGGUGAAUGUUGUAUUGCUGCUAUUUAACAGCUGUGCCAUUUAUGUAUUAUAUCAUUAGAUAUGCAUAUUAUAUUUACAGACCUAGAUAUAGUGUCAGACUGUUCCUACUGCCUUAAAUUAAUAAUAGUAGCUGCCCAUUGCUAGGACCUUGAUAAGUAUUAAUUUGUAUGCAGUAUAGACUAUUUAAUCGUGAACAAAGUAGCAUUAUACCAUAUGAUUAACACAAUAAACGAAACUAUAAGAUAACUGCGAUGAACUUUUUUAAAAGCAACAGUUAAUACCAACUUUUUACUUGUGCAAUCUAGUUCAACUGUAUUCGACAUAUCUGGAAUUGAGUGUUGUGUUUCAAUCAUAUCAUGUAACAUCGAAAACAAUAAAUAUUUGGACAGAU